AUGUCUGACCAACAUUUGACUACUCCCUCGAGCGAUCAGACUCGUCCUCAGGACAAAAUCUACUCCAAUGAUUCGUCUCCGGGCACAAGCGGGUACUUUUAUGCCCCCCACUUCCAGCUAUCGCAGCAGAACUUAAGGGAACUAGAGAGGUCCGUCUCUCCAUUUGAAAUACCAUCUCUCAGCGGAAACGAAUCCGUGCAUAUACAACAGCAACAGCAGGAUGAACCUUUCAGUAGGCCUGCAGGGUCUGGAAGAAGAGGUCCGAACAUGGACUUCCCCAACUUUGUAGAGGUAAUACAGGAGCAGAUAGACCUUCGAAUAGCGUCUUCCAACAAUCCAACGGCAGUUAUGGAGUUGGACAUGGACGGUAAUGUGCGACAUCUAAGUAAGAACUGGGAAAUUAUCGUUGGGACCAACAUCAAGAAGAUAGUUAACAAACCGAUACUGAAGUUUAUCAUUGGAAAUAGCGAAGAGGACCAAUCGGUCUUUUACAAAGCAAUAGAGCAAAUGACUAAAGAUGAUGGUAGCUACAAAGUGAAGUUUGUUACUGCUACCAACGAUAUAGCUGAAAAAGAAGAAGGAAAUAACUCCACUAGUGGAAAAGACAGCCCUAACAAUUCUUUGGUAGACUUGACCGAGAAUCCUGAAGACCAGGAUAUACAGCAACAAGAAAUACAGGAGAUCGAAGUCGAUCAAAAAAGUCAUGCAGACAGCUCAGGUUCUAUGCACCAGGAUACUACUAGUCUGGAUUUAACUACAAAUGGUGAUAUAAUUGAAUUGGAAGCACAAGGUAUUUUAAUUCACGACAGCCGUACAAAAUUGCCCACACAUUCAAUGUGGACCAUUAGACCCUUCCUUGUAAUAAAUCUUGACUUACAAUUACCACCAAACCUAGUAAAUCUACUUGGAUUUGGAUCUGAAUUCUUUGAAGGAUACUUGAUGAAUUUGAAUGAACUAGGAAUUAUCAACGAGGAAGCUGUACCACAACCCAAAUCCAUCUUAUGUAGAAUAUGUGAACAGCAAGUGCCUGUGUGGUUCAUUGAGAGACAUAGUGAAUUGUGUAUUGUAGAACAUCGAGCUGGCGAAGACUUUCAAGCUUGCCAUGAUCAAAUAAGUGAACAAAGAGAUUUGAUAAUGCAAAUUUCAGAAAACUUAUGGCAACACCAAGUACAACAGCAGCAAGCGCAGCAACAGCAGAUACAACAUAUUCACCAGCAUCAGCAUCAGCAGCAGCAGAACUUGCAGUUACUGCCUCAGCACACUCCUCAUCAACAUUCAUCUCUUUCGCCACCUCAGACUGUUUCACCUUCAAGUACGAGUCCCAAUUCUUCUACUUCAUCACUUUUCCAACCGCCAGUAGUCAUUCAAGAAUAUAAGGGGUUACCACUUCCUAGCGUGACAUCAUCGUUAGAUUCUUCCCCGAGAAUAUCUACACAGCAGCUGUUAGUUAAAAACAAGUCGCUAGCUCAGUCAAUGUUUCAAUCAAAAAAAUUUCCAUUUGGUAUUUUACAGAGAUUGGUUGAAUUAUGCGAUGAAGCACUUCAAAUAAACCCAGUUGAGGAGAUCAAUGUUACUGAGGGAUUUCAAUUCAGUCCCAACACAGAAAGUGCAAUCAAUUCAGUUGUUCAAUGGAAAGUUUUUGAGACGAAUGAUCUAGCCAUCAGAACUAUGGUUGAAGACACUCAAAGAUUGACUAAUGAAAAGAUUGAGACAUUAUCAAGGUUGAUAUCUGUUUUGCAAUAUAGCAAGAGGAUCAAGAAUGAAGUGGAUGAAUUAGUUUUACAGACUGUUAGAGAAACAGUCAAGAAGAUCAAAGACCAAACUCUACUAAAUGAUGGUGAAGACGUAAUUGAAGACGUAAUAGAAGACUUUGGUAAACAAACAACAGAUCACAGCAUCAGCUUGAACAGAACGAGGAAUGGCGCCGAUGAAAGCAUCAUUGGUGUGGGCGACGAUAGUACUUCUGAUAUCUCACUAAAUGAGAGUAGUCAUACGAUUAGAGACAUCUCAUCUCACUCUAUAAUCCAUUCUCCCAUGCCUUCGAAGACAAGGAGCCCUUCAAGUAAUAAGCUAUUUGAAGAUACUUUUGAAGUUUUGCGCAGCACAUCCGCUUCCCCUACAUCUCCGGCGAAUAGAAAACAGAAUGUAUCAAUCACACCUAGGGAUAUUUUGUUGAGGGGGGGUAGAAAUCAAUAUGAUUUAUCGAGACAUAAUUCAACUUCAAGACUGCCUCUACACAAGAACUCAAAAGGAGAUCUUUUGGAACAAAGCUUUAAUGACCUUGACUUGGGUGGUGGCCAACAAUCUCCACAUAAAGCUGGUAGCAUUGGGGGUGGAAGUGGGAAUGGAAGUAGAAGUGCGACUCCCGUAGGUGGCACUUCAGGUUCAGGUGGGGGUAGUUCAAUAAGUGGUGGAAGGGGAAGAGAUGCCACGUCGAAUAACUCAUCGUUUUCUUCUAGAAGACAUCUUUCUCCAGCGCCUUAUGUCGAAAAGGCAGCAUUAUCCUCACUUCAAAGAAAUUCAAAUGCCAGGUUUGACACAAGUUCUAGUACACCGACAUCCUCACCUUCAAUUCAAACUUCUGAAUACAACAACGAUAACAUCCCACUAUUAGGCGAAAGGAGAACUAAUUCUGGAAGCAAUGUUUCUAAUUCUAAUAUGAAUGCUUUUGGACUGAUAGGACAGAGUGCUUCAGCUGCUUCCGGGACGCCACAGAGUGCUACUAACUCAUUGAGUGGAACCAUGACCUCCGGUUACUUCGGAGGAACCGCUAAUAGUAAAACUUCAUUUAGUAAACCGCCAUUAUCGCCUUUGUUAGUCUCUCAAACUCCGACGACGAAGCCUUCUAGCGGUACAAUUAAGGACUACGAAAUUCUAAAGGCCAUUAGUAAAGGUGCUUUUGGUUCAGUGUUUCUUGCAAGAAGAAAACUUACAGGAGAUUAUGUUGCAAUCAAAUGUUUGAAGAAAACCGAUAUGAUCGCCAAGAAUCAAAUCUUGAACGUGAAAUCAGAAAGAGCAGUAAUGAUGAGACAGUCUGACUCUCCAUACGUUGCCCAAUUGUAUAGCAGUUUCCAAACGAAAGAUUAUUUAUACUUAGUUAUGGAAUACUUGAAUGGAGGAGAUUGUGCAACUUUAUUGAAAGUCUUGGGUACAUUGGGCAACCAAUGGGCUAAAACGUACAUUGCUGAAGUCAUUGUGGGGGUUGAUGAUUUACAUGGCAGAGGUAUCAUUCACCGUGAUUUAAAACCUGAUAACUUGUUAAUAGACAGCAAAGGUCAUUUGAAACUCACAGAUUUUGGGUUAUCUAGAAUGGGGGUCAUUGGGAGACAAAAAAGGCCUCAUAGGAAAAGUAGUACUUCUGAUCAGUCCAUCGAUUAUUUCAGGAAGUCAAUCAUUCAAGCCCUGAGUCCGCUUAUACCACUAUCGGGCUUAAAUCCCAAUAGUGGUAGUAUCGUGGAUUCACCGGUUGAAUUUCAUAAAAGGACUAAUUCAGUCACUCCGUUUUCCCUUUCACCUACUUUAGAUUAUGUGAAAAUAUCUGGAUCGUUCUCAUCCCCGUCCGAUCAAACUACUGGGUCAGGAGGAGGAAAUACUUCAGGAUUGAGCCAUAGACCCUCGCUAACAAACUUUAAACAAAAGCGAGAGGGCUCGAACUCCAGUGGUCUUGAAUCGCCUUUAUUAAGACCAUUGAUACCUAGAAACUCUUCCGAGACUUCUUUUGCUAUAGUUGAUGAUGAUUACCAUGUGACGACUAAUUACCAAAAUACACCAGGUUCGGUUACGUCUUAUGCUUUGUAUGACCCCCAAAAUGAAAACCAUGACAUUAAGAAGUUCGUCGGUACCCCUGACUACUUAGCUCCUGAAAUUAUUACUGGUGCUGGACAAAGUGAGGCAUCUGAUUGGUGGUCUAUUGGUUGUAUCUUAUUCGAAUUCAUAUUUGGAUAUCCACCUUUCCAUGCUGAUACUCCUGAAAAAGUGUUUGAUAAUAUUUUAUUGGGUAUGAUUGAUUGGCCACCAUUGUCACCUGAAGAAGAAUUGGAUAUCUGUCCACCUGAGUGCAAAGACCUUAUUGAGAAAUUAUUGACGUUGGAUCCCGAGGAAAGAUUAGGCAACAAUGGAGCAGAAGAGAUCCGGAAUCAUCCUUACUUUGAUGGAAUAGACUGGGAAAACUUAUUCAGCAUUACUCCAUCUUUUGUACCUACUCUUGAUAAUCCUGAAUCCACGGAUUACUUUGAUCCAAGAGGAGCUGACAUUUCACAAUUUCCUAAAGAAGAUGAUGAUGACAAAAUUGGCAAAGAUGAUCUUAAUGUAUUUCCGGAUGUUUUGUCUGGACCGGGGUCAAUCAAUACUACAGAACUUGGCUCACCAUCCAUAGGAGGAGACCACUCGCAUAUGCUUGUGCCUCCUGCUUCUGGACCAGGUUCUAUUGGUGGCAAGAAGGAAAGAAGAGGCAGUAGAUUUGCUGAAAGCAAUACUGAAUUUGGAUCUUUUAAUUUCCGAAACCUUGCAGUUUUGGAAAAAGCAAACAAAGACGUAAUCAAUAGAUUGAAGAACGAACAUCUAGAGCAUAGAAAUAGCUUCUCAGCAUCUCCAUCUUCUUCGGAUUCAGUCUCUUCUUCAUCUCGAUCGAGGGGAUAUUCAUUAACUGGAACUGGUAGCCCCUUCAAGAGACCGCUUUCCCCAUCGCAUCGCCCGGUUUCUCCAUCAAAAACUCCAAGUACGAGCUCCAAUAAUCAAACUGAAACUCCAGCUAGUGACUUGCAUGUUGCAAUACCUUCUCCUCAAAUAUUCAGCUCAGGAUCUUCUAAACACGAGAGGUUGGGAUCUGCAGUUAGUACUUAUUCAUCAGGAGAUGAAUUUCCAUUUGACAUGGGAAAUAAAUCAUCGCCUGGAAGUGAAAGUGGACUCGCAGGUGGAUUUAACAAACUUUACAAUAAAAGCGGAUCUGAUUCUGGUAGUGGCUCAAAUGCUGGUAACACUGGUAGUACCAGUGCAAAGGAAUCGACUGGACAGAGAACAUCAAUCAGCUCUUUGUCGAAGCAACUUUUGAAGAAUGUUAAUGAUUUCUCUCCUUCCAGCUCAGAUAAUGAAGAUACUAAAUCAUCUGCAUUGUUACGAGUCAGGAAAAGAAGGCAAAGCAGUAGAAGGCCCGGAUCAUUUUCAGUACAAGGAGGAGAUGCAGGCGGAAGGCCAACGUUUCAUGAAGUGGAUGUAUUAUUUUGCGAACCGAUUCCCAUUGUUCGACAUUCAAUUACAAGAAUACUCGAGAGAUUAGGUUGCAUUGUUGUAGCAGUAGCGGAUGGAGAUGAUUUAGUUCGUAGAGCUACUGGUAAAGUGAAGUUUGACAUCAUUUUCACGGCAUUGAAGUUACCGAAAGUGGAAGCACCUGAUGCAGUAAAACUUAUUAGAUAUACGACUGGCCCUAAUUCCAAUACACCUGUUGUCUCAAUUACUGGAUUUCCCAAGGAGGCCUUAAAGGCAGAGUGUUUUGACGAGGUAUUGGAGAAGCCAAUAGAUUCGAAUGCUAUUAGAAGCUGUCUCGUUAGAUGUUGCAGCUGGGGGCCAGCCAUUGUUCAAUCCCAUGACGUGGGUAAUGACGAAGCUAUUGAAUCAGAUCUAGAAAAAUGA